AUGGACAGGUAAGACUUUACCUGAUGAUAGUAAUGUUGGAAAAGAGUUUAUUUUUUUAACAGUAAACGCCCAGCUAAAGGCUCAGUCCUGAGUCUUGGUGGGUUUUCAGUUUCGGGGUUAAAUAUUAACUCGUUUUUUUGUCUGUUUGUGUUUUUAAGGCAGAAUGUUGUAAAUAACAUUUUUAAUCAUUAGGAACUAAAGUAGUGGAGCUUCAGCACCUGCUCAGUAAUGAUUACGUGUUGGUGAAAUGAACGAAGGUAUUUAAAUGAGUUAAUCAUGUUAAAAAUUACAAACACUUUGCUUAUAUUGACCUUUAUUUCCUUUUAUUUUAUUCUGGAUUAAGCGCAAUUACUGACUGAAACCUGUCUGUACUCAGGAAUCAAGUUUUACUUGUUUGCUCCCAUUUUUUUCCCGAAUCGUGAACAAUAACAGAUUUUCACAAAAACGGCUUUGAUGUUAAUCCAUUUGAACUCCACCAAUUACCAUAAAAGCACCAAAAACAGCUGCUUCAGGAGUCAUGUGAUUGCAAAAACAUGUAACUGACAGGGUUGAUACGGGCAUGACUUGCCUGACUAGAGUGUAAGGUCCAAAUAAACUUGUUAAACCACAUACCAAGCUGGUGGGAUGAUGAAAAAACUCAUCAGCCAAUCUUCAAUUUAUGUACUACAUUGUUGUGUCACAGACCCAAUGUGUCACAGAUUCUGGUCAGAUAUUUUGCACAGCAGUGAAGGUGAAGUGAUGUCCAAAGUCUUGAUUUUUUCUUUUUUUUUUUUUUUUAACCUGUCCUUUCUUUGUAAACAGCUGAAUUUAGUCUGAAUCAUGUGUGUGAAUUUGAAAUUCUCUAAUGUCUAAUGUAAUCUGUGAUAAAUCAGAGAUUUCUAAAUCUGCCCUGUCUGCGUGAACAUGCUUAUAGCAGCUCUGGGUUAAUUUAUCAGGUUUCAUGCAUCUCCGCUGUCAGCGGAUAACCUAAAGAUACCUGGCUGUUUUGGACAUGCUUUGGAGUGUAGGUGGUGUUGUUUUAGACUGAGAGGUUUAUAAUCUUGUAAAAGCACAGAACAAAGUCAGUAAUUGCUGCCUUUUUUUUGUUUGGUUAUUUCAGAGCUGAAGCAGGUCCACAGGAGGAUGGUAACUCACCACAGGGAGCUUCUGAGAUGAGUUCCUCAGAGGAGGUGAGAGCAUAUGUGAGUAAAGACUUUGUAGAUUUUGGUGAUAAAAGUUUAUUAGUCACACACAGCGCACCUGUUGGCACACAUAGGCCCUCAUUUAUCAAUCUUGCAUAGAUCUAAGCGCAGAUCUGAGCAUAGGAUUCAUUGUACGAUAGGACACACGUGAGAUUUAUGAAAGGGUUCGUAUCUGACCAAUCCCAGCGUACGUAUGAUCGGGUCUUGCUACAUGCUGUGGCUGAAAUCGAUUGUCAUUAACAUGUCACACCCUUAAAUAUUCGUGGAUCAGAAGCCUCGCCCACAAAGGUUAAACAUGAAAAAGUAGAAAUAUUAAAAAGAUUCAAAACUUUCCGAGCUGGAAGUGAAUAUCCUCACAUCUGUUGUGGAAAGUAACAAGGAUUUUCUCUUUGGAAACAUCAAAACUGGUAUAAAAGCAGUCCAGAAAACUCCUGUCCGGAGCAGGAUUAUGGUGGUGGUGAACAGCGCUGCCACGGAAUAGCGGAUAGUAGCUGAAGUUUGAAUAAAUCAUUAGUCAAUAAGUUGUUCAUGAUGAUAAAUUAAUAUCUCAUACAUGCCUCAUAUGUUUUUAUUGCCAUGACAAAGGGGAAGUUGCUCCUAUUAUUGAAAGUUUUAAUUUGUUUGAAUUAGUUUUCAUUUGUAAUGUAGAGCAGACCGGAGAGUCUGACAGAGGCUGAACAAAAAUGAUUUUAACGUCACCAAAGUUGUGUUGCUGCCCCCGAGACACAUUUUUAUGGAUUUUUAUCACUGAUUAAAUAAGAAGAGCACUUUCUAAACUUAGACUUUACAUGUCAGAAUCCACCGAUAAGGUCCUGUCUCCUCUGUACAGCACUUUUGUGGAGUCUGUCCUUGUUAUUGUUCUUCGGGGAUUGGGUUCUUACGUUGCACCGGCACAGCUAACAGCACUCCAUUUGCCAGUGUAACAUUGUGCAAAACUGUACUGACCCAAAUGGUGUCCCACACCCUUUCAGGAGUAUACAACAUGUCCCGCUGCUGGGCCAAGACAGGGACACCUGCCUUUUAGGAGUCUAACGCAGCGCUCCACAGUGGCGUGUGUGUGCUCAAUGUUAAAACGGCGCUCCUGCUCUGUGGCAGUGUUUGCCGGCGAAGUUAUCAAAUAGGCUUAUUCACUAAGGGAAUAACAAUUUUCUUUUAUUUAAUUUUAUUUACGUCUUAAUCUUUAAUGAAAUUUAGCUUGUGCUUAAUGACAGGUUUGUUUAUUAGUUAUUUUGAGACAGACAUUUGCUGCAUAUAUAUAUAUAUUAUGUGUGUGUGUGUGUGUGUAUAUGUAUAUGUAUAUAUGUAUGUAUAUGUAUAUGUGUGUGUAUAUAUAUAUAUAUGUGUGUGUGUGUGUGAUUUUUUUUUUUAAUUUCAACAAUUUUUAUUUGUAAAUUGAGUUGUUUGUUUAUCAUUCUCACUUUAACAAAUGAUAAUAAAUGAGUGAGAUGGAAAAUUUUUCAUUUUUGAUUUAUUUGCAUAAUAAUUCUGCACACUAAUAGCUGCCCCCAAUAAUUGUGCACACAUAGAUAUUCUCCUAAGGAAGUCAAAAUCUCACUUUUACUCCCUUAAAUAUUCAGGUUUGAGGUUUAUUAACAUUUUGGAUUGACCAAGAGCACUGUAGUUGUUCAAAAAUAAAAUUUAUCCUCAAAAAUACAACUUGCCUAAUAAUUGUGUACACAGUGUAUAUAUAUGCAUAUAUAUACAUAUGUUUAUAUGUAUAGAUAUAGAUAUAGGUAUAUAUACAUAGGACUAAAUGAUAUGCUCACAGUUUGGAUCUACAGACCAACACAUGCUGGAUUUUCCAGGACUGUAGUGUUAUUUCAAAUGCUUCUGUUCUUGGCUAGUAGAAGAGUUAGCAUGAGCAGGCAGCAGCCUGACACAGGACCGAGGUCUGGAUAUCUGUCAUUCCUGUGUUUGUUUCUCAGGUGAAACAGGGGGAAGCAGACGGUGGCAGACUUCAUCAGUGUCAGCAGUGUGGGAAGUCUUUCAGCCGGGUCUGCAGCCUCAGACAGCAUGAACUCAGCCACCCUGCAGAGAAACCGCACCACUGUGAACAGUGUGACAGCAGCUUCAGUCAGCUAGAGGCGUACCAGCUCCACCUGCUCAAGCACUCUGCAGAAACACUUUACUGUUGCAACCGGUGUGAGCAGAGCUUCAGCAGCCACAGCUCAUUCAAACAGCACCUGCGUGAACACAGUCGAGUUUACCAGUGUGACCAGUGUGAAAAGAGUUUCACUUACCUCAGCAUUUUUAAGAUCCACAUGCGAGUUCACACCGGGGAGAAACCAUACUGCUGUGAUCAGUGCCCCAAGAGUUUCAGUUUUCUGAGCUCAUAUAAGCGACACCAGCUGAGCCACAGUGGAGAGAAACUGUACCAGUGCGACUUUUGUGGGAAAAGUUUCACUCAGUCUGGUCAUUUCACUUUGCAUCUACGCAAUCACACGGGAGAGAAACCAUAUGAGUGUGAGCAGUGUCAAAAGAGCUUUAGUGACCUGAGUGGAUACAGGAUACAUAUGAGGGUCCACACAGGAGAGAAACCCUACUGCUGCUCUCAGUGUGGGAGGAGUUUCUCUCAGUUAGGGAACUACAAAUCACACAUGCGCAUCCACACGGGAGAGAAACCAUUUCAAUGUGAGGUCUGUGACAAAAGCUUUUCCAUUUCUAAAACAUACAAACAGCAUGUGAACACGCACACUGGAGAGAAACCGUACAAGUGUGAGGAAUGUGGGAAAGGGUUUGGUCGGCUGAGUAACUAUGCGCGACACCUACGUAUCCACACAGGGGAAAAGCCGUACAGCUGUGGGCAGUGUGGGAAAUGUUUCAACAGUUCAUAUAGUUACAGCCGACACCUGCGUGUGCAUUCAGGAGAGAAACCGUACUGGUGCUCUCAUUGUAAGAGACUGUUUACCAGAUCACAGUCCUUGAAGAAACACCGCUGUAUACAGGUAGAGAAUGAGAGUAUGAUUGUGUGUAAGCAAGAAGAAGAACCACUCAGUUGCUCAUUAACACAAAAUACUGAUGACACUCAAGAACCAGUGAAUUAA